UUGGCCACCGGGAAUUGGAUUUCAACGCCAGGCCUUGAUUGGUUGCCAAGAGGCGGGGCGACUCAACCGCUUGAGUCGUGGCCGCAACCGCGAAGAGAGCCAUGGGUCAGGCGGCCAAGGUGACAGGGCCUGGGGAGGGAGUGGGUGCGGUGCCGACGGUAAGAGUAAUAAGUUCGUGGCCGUGGCCUUGCGAAGGUUGUUUGGAGUUUCUGGAGGCUGGGGUUCGGGACCCUUUCUGGAGGAUGAUGACCAACCCUGAAGGGCAGUCGUGGGUUCAUGCAGGUUUUACAGCUCUUUAAAACAUUGCACAGAACAAGACAACAAGUUUUUAAAAAUGACCCCAGAGCAUUAGAAGCAGCCAGAAUAAAGAUAAAUGAAGAAUUCAAAAGUAAUAAAAGUGAAACUUCUCCUAAGAAAAUAGAAGAGCUAAUGAAAAUAGGUUCUGAUGUUGAACUGUUGCUCAGAACAUCUGUUAUACAAGGCAUUCACACAGACCACAAUACCCUGAAAUUGGUCCCUAGGAAAGAUCUUCUUCUAGAAAAUGUACCAUACUGUGAUGCACCAACUCAGAAGCAAUGAAUUUUCUAGGAUAAAACCAGACUUUGUACAUUUUAACUAUAAAAUGUGUAACUGGCAAAAGUCCUAGAAAUAUUGAAAAUGAAUGAA